ACUUUCAGGUACACAGCGUGGCCUGCUGAACUGGAAGAUACAUUUUUUAGGGACCCACGACCUGAGUCCAGAGAAGGGCGAUGAGCGAGUGAGAGAAUCAGCAGCACUGAGACCAUGGCCGCCAGCAUGUUGACCCUCUCUGCCUCUGCCUGUUUGCUCGUGGUUGCCGCCCUGACCCUAGUGGGCCCACCAACUGCUGCAGCUGCUGCACAAGACUACAGCAAACACCUGCAGUGCGUCUCCUGUGGGCCGCACAGCGCACUGAUCAACCCCAUCUUGCUAGCCAUGUUCCUCCUGCUGGAAGACUUGAUCGGAAACCUGGAAGUUGCCCUCUGUCUUACGCUGCACAUUUUCUACAUCUCCAUCAUCAUACUUCAAAACGUGCUGGAGGUGAAUCUGGAAGAGAUUAUUUCUGGACUCGUAGUUCUGCUGGAGAAGGUCUCAAACGAACCCCAGUACAAUCGCAUUCUGGAAUUAACGGGGCUUUUACUCACAGGCGUAUUCAGCUGCGUCCUAUCUUCGCUGGAGAACGCUUUGAUCUGGUAGCGGUUCUGACGGUAUGGUAUGGAAGCGAAACUAACAGGAUAUACUUACUGCAGAAUUUAUCGAGCGUACUUAUAGGACGGACAUUUACGAAUUUUACAAGUGAUUUUUAUACAUGACGUUAUGAAAAAAAUGAGAGGUCCUACAGAUUACCAUGAACAGAAAUAAAAGUUGUUAUAAAUCAAACACCAUAAUAUAUCGGUACAGUGGCGGCAAGUAUUUAUGAAAUGUAUGAAGCAUGAAUUUAAGCCUUGGUAAUAAGACAAAACAAAAUAAAUCAAAUUUCUUUAGAUUUAA